CGCAAACAAAUUUUUCGAAAUAGAAUUUGCAAAUUUUCAGAAGUUAUUCGUUUAAUUAUUACUUUUCGAAACAAAAGAGUUUCUCUAAUUAAAAGUAAUUCGUUAAAAUUAAAACUUCAUUGAAGGCGAGUGUGCGUACAGGCCAUUGAUUUCAGCGUAAGACAAUUAUACUAAAUUACGAUGCAAGGAUAGCUUGCAAAGAUUAUAUAAAUUUUGUUCGCAGUAGAAGAAAGGAAAAAGAAAGUAGAAGGUGAAGAAGGAUCAAAGAUUUAAUAGAUCGACGAAAGAAAGACAGAAAAGUGUAAAAGUUCAGAGAACUUCGUUAACGCUACAGCGGAGAAAGCUUCCUAGUACUUUGUAAAAGCUAGGUAAGCAAGUUGAGGAAGUUUACGGAACUUCACGAAAGGUACAGAAGCGUGCUAACGAUUCUCAGAGAAUUUCACAAAAGCUAUAGAGAUAAGUUAAGGAAGCUUACUGUAAUCUGUAAAAGAUUAAGGGAGCAAGCAAGAAAAGUAUGCAGUAUUUUGCCGUAAAAUGUUUCAAAGAUUACGGAAGUAAACUGUAGUACUCUACAAAAGCUCCAAAAGUAAAUUAAGAAAGUCUUAAAACAUACGAAAAUCUAUAAAAGUGUACUAAAAACUGCUAGAGAAUUACGCCUAAGUCGAAGAAGAAGCAAAUCGAGGAAGCCUACGCUAUUCUGAGAAAACAACAAGAAAAUCAAGUUAAAAGGUUGUACAAAAUCUACAAAAGUGAACUGUAAGAGUUCACGAACGUCCGCGUGCACAAUUAUACAAACUUUACGAAACCAACGAACGAAAACUUACAGCGUUUUACAGAAUCUCUCCAGGACCAAUCUAUAAGAAGCUUGGAAAUCGUAUAGAAGCUUCGUAAGCAAAAGAGGCGAUAGAAUACUGCAGAAAUUGAGUAUCGAAUCGCGUUAAAAGAUCGAUCUAGCAUUCUGAUCCAACGUAAUAAUCUUCUUGACCAAGUAAAAGCAAAGUAUUUAACUACGAUCGAACGUGAGUGCCCUGUGUGAGUUCCUAGAACUCAGCUAUAAGAAGCUUGCAAACCUUAGAGAAGCAAGAAAGCCAAUAACAGAACACCACGGAAACUGGCUAUCGAUCGACGUUAAAAAAGGUCAAUCUGCUAACCAAAUCCAACGAAAUAAUCUACUUAAUUAAUUAGAAACAAAGCGUUUGGCUAUAAUCGAAAGUGAGUGCCCUGACCCUGCAACCGACUGAGAACUUUCGUCGAUUGUCUUGCCGAAGAUCUACCGGUCGCGUGAUUCAUCGAGGCCACCGGUUGAGCAGGUCAGGGACGCGAGUUCUGCGGCUUCAGGCCGGUGCACAUCCAACCUGGAUUUCUACACGAUUUAACGCGCGUCGGGCUUCGGGGACGCUGUGAGCGUGUCGGCGUGCAGACGGCCCGGCAUUAUCUCUGCAACGCGACGAUAAAGUUCCGCACGAGGGACACGAUAAAAGCACGCGGGUUCUGCUUGAUUAAUCGCGCGUCUCUAUUCACCGAUUUUGUUCUCGUUAGGACAAUCCGUGCUGGACCGAGCGCGACGAAAUAUAGCGAGGACGUUGCUCGGGGUUGGAAAGUGAGAAUAAUAAAUACAGGAGGUGAAUCUUCCGAUGGCAGGUGAAUUGUGAAGUGAAACGUGGAAUUGGAGGAAGUGGGAAGCAGUUGGGAUUGGAGAAACUGCAAAGUGAUAUUUUGGAGAAAUGGGACUGGCAGAGAGAGAAGCCGAAAUGCAGGAGUUAGAAACCUCAAGACCUGGUCGAUCGCGAGACCUCUUCGGCGUGCAGCUCGAGGUUACCUCCUUGCUUUUGGAAGGGGAACGCAGAAAAUUAGCAGUCCUACAAAGAGAAUUGCAAGUUGCACUCGAAGAAGGGGGAAGUGUAAAAGUUAAAGAGAAGCAGCGACAAGAAUUGCUGCACGCCAUAUCGAAGAUUCAAGGACAACACGAGCAACUCGACAAGGAGUACAGGAUCCACGCUGCCGGCGUUCUCUUAUGCAACUCAAGGGGCUCCGGCAAGGUAAGCGUUUUGUCAUUAUUCUUUCCUUUCGUGGUCCGUGAUUCACCAAAGAUAAAUGGCCCUCUCGAUCAUCGCAACGCGAUCUAUUAUUUGUUAGCGCGUAAAGCACCGCCCGUCCUUCGCUAUUUUUCCCGUGACACGAUUCUUUCUUGAAUAAAUUCGAUCGAUCGAUCGCCUCUCUGAAUCUCUCCACGUGUAUACGUGGCUCUUUAAGAAAUUGGACGAGCCUUCGCUCGUGCAAACAAAUUACUUGUCGUUGAAUAUUUUCCAUAAUUUAUCGAUCGAGUUGGAAUAACGUCACACCGAUCUGUCUUUCUUAAUUGAUUGUUUAGACUCAUAUCGAUCACUAUAACAGGUUAUUAGCGACUCGGUUGAGAUCAUAAGUCGACAUUUAUGAUAUUUGGGAAAGAUCGAUGCGUUUUAAAAAUCUUGGCAGUUGCGAUGUUUCCCUUGAUCAGAAUUUUAUAAUAAAGUAACGGUAUUAAUCUUGCAUUUUGCCGAACCAAGUCUUGAACGAUUUUCCGUACAACGUUGAUUUUAAUACACUCUCUGAACGUUAGACACCAUUCUUUCCUGAAUAUUCGUAUAACAAAAUCGUAAUAAAACGUGUAACAUAAAAGAAUUCUAAUUCUAAGUCAAAGUAUUUCUAUAUUGACAAUUUUGUCUGCUAAUAAUAUUCUUAUAGGUAUACACAUAUACAGGGUGGUUGGUAACUGGUGGUACAAGCGGAAAGGGGGUGAUUCUACGCGAAAAAAGAAGUCGAAAAUAUAGAAUAAAAAUUUUUCGUUCGAGGCUUCGUUUUCGAGAAAAUCGACUUUGAAUUUUUGGUCGGUACGCGUGCACUUUAUCGCGUCUCGUUAUAACGGAUCUCACUGUAGAUCGGUGUCUCGAUGGAAAAAUAAAAAAUAAAAAAAUAAAAAAAAAA